UUUAAUUAAUAAUUAUUAAUAUGCCUCAUCGAAAUACACACAUAAAAUGCAGAUAAAAUGCUUCAUGAAAUGAGAAUUCAAAAUCUCGAGCAGUUUAAGUCUCGAACAUUACGGAUUUAAUUCCUAGAAACAGCGAGACGAAGGCUUAUCGCACCUUUUCCUGGAAAAGAUCCGAGCUUCGAAAAUCGCGUCCAAUCCUUUGCUUCACUUCUAUCCCCUCUUCGUCUCAAGUCGUCCCCUUCUAUCGGACGGAUCAUCCGGAGACCAGUCCACCACGCAUCGUUCGCGCGAUCCUACAUCGAUGAUGAUUGACAACGUUAAUGAUCUUCCCGGUGAAUGCCAACGCACUAUGCGACUCCUGGAGUUGUUGCAACGCACGCACUAUGAGCUUGUACAGGUGAACGGACAACGACGGCUGAUGGCUCCAGAAGUGGCGAAGGGUGAACGACAGCGUGGCAAGGGUUCCGAGAUAUUCCUAGGCCGAUUGCCGCGCGAUUGUUACGAGGAUGAGCUGAUGCCGGUGCUGGAACAGGUGGGCCGACUCCUGGAGCUGCGACUGAUGCUGGACUUCUCCGGGUCGACGCGCGGCUACGCGUUCGCCUUGUAUGAGACUCCGCGAAUCGCUCGCGAGGCGUGCAGGCGUCUCGACGGCUACGAGAUCCGUCGAGGUCAUCGUAUCGGCGUGGUCAAGUCCAUGGACAACUGUCGGCUCUUCUUCGGCGGCGUACCCAAGAACAAGACCAAGCCAGAGUUCAUGGCGGAGCUGACGAAAAUGCUGGACGACAUCACGGAUAUCUACCUGUAUCCGAGUGCGCACGAUCGCAGUCUCAAUCGCGGCUUCAUCUUCGUCGAGUUCAAAGAUCAUCGAGCGGCCGCGAUGGCACGGCGCAAAUUAAUACCUGGUAAAGUUACGCUUUGGGAUCACGAAAUCGCCGUGGACUGGGCAGAUCCCGAGCCUGGCGAACCGAUCGACGAAGACAUCAUGGAGAGGGUAACGACUCUGUUCGUAAGAAACCUCGCGCUCGAUAUAUCGCAGCAAAAUGUGAGGGGAAUUUUCCAUAGACACACGAAUGUGCCAAUAUUGAAACUGAAGAAGAUCAAUCACUUCGCUUUCAUUCAUUACGAGAAUCGUCAAGCUGCACAGAUCGUAAUGGAUAUAAUGCAGAAACCGGGUAGUAUCGUCGAAAAACAGGGUUGGGAGAUUUGUUGGGCGAAGCCAAUUGGAGCGAAGAAUUUGGAUAGGCAACAACACAUUCGCGAGGCUGUAACUAACAUGCAAUCAUCCAAACUUGAGAAGACUGAAAGAUUGCGCGUGAAGACGUGCCGUAAGAAAUAUUCAAAAUGCAUUCAAAUGGAAAUAGUACCCGAAGAUGAUAAUGCUUACUUGAUGCAGAUGAAGAUUCUGCAAGACUUCGUCAAGGAAAGAUUCGACGCGAUAUGCAUCUUUGAUUGCGUGUCAACGCCAAAUGUGUCCGGAUAUAUUGGUACAGUAAUUAUUCAGAAAGAUCAAAUGAUUUUGUUCAAUUGUCAAGGGAAGUCGAUGCCAUCGAAGCGUAAAGCCCUGAGCGUGGUAUGCGUUAAAAUAUAUCAGUAUUUGACAAGCACUCUCCCGAAUUCUGCACCGCAAUCAUUCGAACAACAUUGCAUCCAAUCAGAAAUAGGUAUUAAUCCUGUGGUUGAUAUACCGAAUGGUUGGCAUUCAGAAAUAAUUUACAGUUAGAUUUAUAAUCUUACAUUAUUGCUACAUUAUCUGUUUUGCUUUUUUCCCUUUUAAUUAGUCAUCGAUUGUUUAUUGUUAGAUACAAAAUUUAUAGAGGCAAUUGCAUAAAAAGUAUUACACAAUCGUUUUCUCAUAAUUAAUGA